AUGAAUAUUCUUACGCAUUUCGCAAGUUAUGUUGGCCCGUCUAAAAUUAGGACUCUAGUAAUACCAAUUGGUCAUUGGACGCGAGAAGAGUUUAACGAUGUGGUGGGAAAACUUUCCGAAUUCAAUGAAAUCCACCUAUCUGAUGUUACUCCUAUCGACAGUCCUAUCUUCACACCACAAGGGUUCCCUCAUGGAAAGUUGUUUUUUGAAUUUUUGACUAUUGAUCAUGACGAUGCAUUGGAAUUGUUUCUUUACGAUUUCGAGCCGUUUCGGAAAACUUUUGUCAUUAUUGGGCUGGUGAACGAUUGUAGUGAUCCUUUGAAUAAUUUGAGCCUCAUGAAGGAGAAGUACCCAACUUUGAUUUCAUCGAAUUUGGUGUAUACGUCGUCUUCGCUUACUAAAGAGGUUGAACAAAUUAUCAAUACUACGGAAAAUAUAUUCGCAUCUUCACGAGAUAUGCAGAAAAAUAUAGAAACGAUCAUGUGUGACAUAGCAAAGAACUUUUUAACUGCGUUGAACAACUACUACUCUUCAUAUAAGCAUGUUACUCUGAGAUCUCCAGGUGCAAUUGGGGGAAACUCCGUACUAAAGACAACACUGAUCAGGCAAAAGAGUUACAUAUCUUCAUCAUCUACUACAUCCAUGUCGACAGCAUCCUCCGUCUCAAGUUCAUCUAAAGCAGGGACUGCUGCUAGUGCUUCAAAGAGGUUGUCUUCUUUUGAAAUGACCACCAACAGUAUAAAAAGAUCUGCCUCUUUGAAGCUAGCUACUACACUUUCAACAUCUGAGAACAGGGCCCAACAAAAGUCACUGGGCAGGCAAUUGAAAAUUUUGGGGAAUUUCCAAUUAUUGGCCGGAAGAUAUGUCGAUGCGUUGAACAGUUUUGUUGAUGCGAUUACAAUACUGUACAAAGUGCGUGAUUAUCUAUGGUUAGGUUCUGCUCUUGACGGUGUUUCUAUCUGUUUUUUGCUUUUAUCUUACCUCGGUUUGUCAUACCAAAUUCCACAGAUCGUGAGUCUUAUUUGCCCUGUGGAAAAGGUCAAUUUAGAAACCGGUUCAACCGGUGUUUCGCCUGUAGAUACCAAAAGUAAAGCUGCAGUAAGUUCAACCACAUCAGUUACACCAAGAAACAGCAUAUCUAUAGCUGCUAUGCAGUCUCCUAGAAAUUCGAUUAUGUCUUUGUCCGCACCAGCACUAAAUAUUGACGUUGAAAGUAUCAAUCUCCCGUUGUUGAUAAAGUGCAUAUCUGAUAAAGUCUUAUAUUACUAUGAUUUAAGCCUAAUGCACAAUAGUGAAUAUGCUCCGCAGGUCGUUUAUUGUGAAUUCUUGCUAAAGACUUUAACUUUUAUGACCUCGUGCUAUAAAAGUUCAGAGUUUUCAAAAGAUGUUUUAGAUAACAUUGUGAAUAAUCAGCACGAACCCUUGUCAAAUAUUCCUAAUAAUCCUAUAUUUCCGAGGUUUGAGAUUUAUUUCUACACCAAUAAACUAUUUGAAUUACAAUUGAAGGAAAUGCAAAUUGAAGCUCAAAUAAAAAUCUACUCUACGCUGGCAGAAGUUUAUCGCGUUUUAGGAUAUAAAAGAAAGCAACUGUUUGUGUUAAGAUUACUGAUGGUUGCCCUUUUGGCGACCCCAAAUAAGAUAGCAUGGCAUCCAGACUAUAGGUUACUACUUGAUACAAUUAUAGAGCUAUUCGAUAUUAACAAAAAAGAUGAUAAAAUCAACGUGAAUGGAGCAGCUCAAUUUACUUGGUUGAACAUACAGAAAAAGAUUUUACAACUAUGCAUUAAAGUUUCAAGAAAAAUUGGUGACUUUGAAUACCUCGCUAAUUUUAGCUCGAUGCUAAUUACAAAAUAUACGCAUCUAUUAAGCCAGCGAGAGCAAGAAAUUUUGUUUAGAGAAUACAUCCAGCCAUCAAUUGCCAAUGGGUCUAUUACUCGUUAUUGGGAUCCUUUUCUCUUAAGAGAAGUUGUUAUAAAUAGGAUAUUGGAUAACGAUCCUACUUUGAAUCAAAUUCCUUUAGAAACAGAUAUAAACAGUUUAGAGAAUCCGAAAAAUAAACAUAAGUCACAGGAAAUCAACCCACAGGAAGUUUUCAAUCCUUUCAAACGAGUUCAACCAACCUCUAUAAUUCCAGAUAGUAGUGCUAAGUUUCCUAACUUGGUAUUUUUAGUUGGAGAUAGGGCAGAAUUCACUUGCAGAGUACAGAAUCCUUUUAAACUUGACUUUACAAUCAACGAUAUUCAACUUGACAAAGAUAUAACUGAAUUUUGUGAAAUUGACCAAAAAGCUAUAAUGUAUUCAGCACCGUAUAAUGUUAAAGCAGAAUCAAUGAGAUCCAUUACACUGCCUUUAAUUAUAAAAAAACCGACCUAUAAAAAAUUCUACGAAAUUUCGUCCUUAAAAAUCUCUGUCUUACAACUUCCGCUUCAACAAUUCGAUAUUAUAAAAGAUUCCAGAAAUUUUAAUCCUACCGAAGUAGAACGUGAAAGCAUUAAAGUUAUGUGUGAUAAACUAAGAAUCAAAAUCCUGCCAGAACAACCACAAUUAGAAUUAUUAUGUACUUCCAAAAUGACAAGAAACUCAUGGAUGAUGCUAGAUGGAACCAAAACUGAUUUCCAUGUAACGGUGAGAAACAAAUCACUAAGUUGUGCAAUAAAUCAUAUAAAAAUCAUUCCAAUAAAUAGUAUUGAACAAAUGCUGAAACCUGAUUAUUGGAAAAAAAUGCUACCUGAUGAUUUGUAUAUCAUGGAAAAACAGCUAGAUUGGUUGUCCAAGUCUUGUGUACGUAUUAUAAAAACACCAACGAUAAUUAAGCCAAAUGAAACUAUCACAUUUGACUUGGAAUUAGAUAAUACUGCUGUUCCAUUUAAUUUUACGGGGUUCGAUUUAUUGAUCGAAUAUGGUAUGAGUGCUGCUGAUGAAUCCUGCGUUUAUUUAAAAAAGUUAUCAAUACCCUAUGAAGUAACGUUGAGGAGAACCAUUGAAGUACCAAGUAUGGACAUUAUUCCACUAAAUGAACUUUUCAGCUCACAGGUUGAAAACGUUGAUUGGAUCGAGUAUGUAAUGACCCAAAAACGUGCGAACGUCAAUCUUCAUCCAAGAGAUUUUAUAUUAUUAUUAUUGGACUUUAGGAAUUCUUGGAUUGAUGGGAUUAAGUUAAAUGUUCAAUUUGAAGACUUUACCAGUAAUGAGUAUCAUGUGGAAGCAAGUCAUACCUCCAGAGUUAUUGUUCCUAUAAGAAAAAUUAACUAUAAAGAAAAUAAUUUUGAGAACAUACCUAUACCAAGAUUUAAUCCGGACAGGCAAUUUAUUCAAAGUGGUUUGAACGAAGAACAAACCAUCGAAAUGAGACAAAAAUUUUGGUGCCGCGAAUAUAUUAUCUCCAGGCUUAAAUGUAAUUGGAAAUUGACCACAGAUCAAUCUGUAAGAGGUUCAGUAGAUUUCAACAAGUUCAUAGAGAAGUUCGAUCAUAAAAUGGUGCACACGAUAUACCCUGGGAGAUUAUUUUUUGAAGUACAACUAUUCCUCGAUGAGCCAAAAGUCAAAGUGGGAAAAAGGAUUAACUUGAAAAUAUUGGCGGAGCCAACCAGUAUUUGCAGAAAAAAACAAAAUUCAAUUAUAAAUUUCUUAGACAUUAUAAUUCUCGAUAGAAAGACAUCAAAGUUAUUACCAAGAUCGAAUAGAAGAAUUUUGUAUAAUGGUUCAUUAACCAUGCCAAUUAGUACAGUCAAAGCCUCAGAAGUUAACUUGGAGAUUAUUCCAAUUGAAAAAGGCCAGUACGAGUUCAGUGUUUGCAUUUCUAAAUCAAACAAGGAUGGAAUCAUCCAAUUCGACUCCGAAAGUGUCAUACUGUCAGUUACUUAG